GUGUCGCGGGUCGCGGUGGCGUUAUCAAACAUAUUCUCCACUACGGCAAUAGAUAAUAUCGGAAACGUUCAACUUCACUACUAGAUCGUGGUUCAAACACUUCAAACUUCAGUCAUGGUUUGACAAUCACUUCAAUUUGUUUGGAUUGUUGUAACUGUAUGCCGUACCAAUAUUUUGGUAACGGCGCUGAAGACGUAAUGAACUUGGGUAUCUGGGGGCAGUCGAACACCAAAAACCUCAAAACACUAUUUAAACCAGUUUCAGAAACCAAAUCAACUGCAAUGAAUCUUCCUACACGGGGUUUGUAUUAUCCAGAUGACAUGUUUUUUACGAAUUGGGUGUCAAGCGUUCUCACAACGGAAUGUUCAGAAACUCAAUCAUCGGUAACGACUCCGUCGGGUUCUAUUUUAAAAUGCACUUCAAUAACAAGAAAUUAUGAGAAACCAAAAAUAUUACAAACAACCAUCAUCCAGAAAAAUUCAUUGCGUGACCAAAGUUCUUCGGUACGCAGUAAAAAAACAACAAUAGGCCAGAAAAAUUCAUCACGUAACCAAAGUUCUUCGGUACGCAGUAAAAAAACAACAAUAGGCCAGAAAAAUUCGAUGUUUGACCAGCAAAACCUUACUCAUAGAAAUCGAAUGUCGACACAAGGGUACAAAAAAUUGUCAACAAUCCACCAAAAAUUCGUUGAAAAGUUCAAUGUCGCCACAACCACUGAAAAUUUCUUUUACUAUGCAGAUAACGGCGAUGUAAUCUAUAAUUAUUAAUUAGGUAGUAAAAGUUUUCUAAUUAUAGCUUAUCUCCGCCGUUAUCUUAAGUUUCAGUGGUUGCGGUGACAUCGGACUAUACAACGAAAUUUUGAUGGAUUGCUGACGAUUUUUUGUACCCAUGCGUCGA